UCGGAAGGAGGAGCCGGGCCGGGCCCGCCGGCCUGCGCGGGCGGGCGGGAGGUGCGGAGGAGGCGGGGGCGGCCCGGCCGCGAGGAGGCAGGCGGGGGGCGGGGGGGGGGGCCGGGGGCUGCGAGUUGGGGCGGGCGAGCCCUAGUCGGCCGGGCCGGGGGCGCCCUCCCACCCCCGCAGCCCUCCGCGGGGCCCCGGCGGCCAGGCCUCACCUGCCCGCAGGCCCGGGAGCCGCCCGCCCCCGCCGCCGCCGCCCAGGGCCCGUCCCCGCGGCCGGCGGCGCGUGAAGGUGCGGGGUCCUCGCGGAGGCCUGGGCGGCGCGGCCUGGGGAUGGUGGGCCCCUGCGCUUCUGCCGCGGCGAGGGCACCCCCAGAGCAGCCGUGCCCCGGGGCUGCCCCAGCAAGGCGCUUGACAGUGAGCCCUGGCGAAGUUGGGCAGCUGUGAGUCUGCCCGUCGCCGUUAAGUGCCCUUAGGAUGCAGCGAUUAAGGAAUUAGGCUCUCCCUCCGAGAGGGGCACUGCCUGCGCUUGAGAACCCGGUGCAGAGAAAAAGGACAGAAUGAUGCUGUCCGAGCAAGCCCAAAAGUGGUUUCCUACCCACGUGCAGGUCACAGUGCUCCAAGCCAAAGAUCUGAAGCCCAAAGGCAAAAGUGGCACCAAUGACACAUACACUAUAAUUCAGCUGGGCAAGGAAAAGUACUCCACCUCUGUAGCCGAGAAAACCCUUGAGCCAGUCUGGAAGGAAGAGGCCUCUUUUGAGCUACCUGGGUUGCUAAUGCAGGGGAAUCCAGAGAAAUACAUUCUUUUCCUCAUAGUUAUGCACAGGUCCCUGGUGGGUCUGGAUAAAUUUUUAGGGCAGGUGGCAAUCAAUCUCAAUGACAUCUUUGAGGACAAACAAAGAAGGAAAACAGAGUGGUUUAGAUUAGAAUCCAAACAAGGAAAAAGAGCCAAAAACAGGGGUGAGAUAAAGGUCAAUAUUCAAUUCAUGAGGAACAAUAUGACAGCAAGUAUGUUUGACUUAUCAAUGAAGGACAAAACAAGGUCUCCUUUUGCAAAAUUAAAAGAUAAGAUGAAAGGUAGAAAAAACGAUGGGACAUUUUCUGAUACGUCUUCUGCCAUCAUUCCAAGUUCUCACAUGCCCGAUGCCAGUACUGAAUUUUCAAGUGGUGAAAUGCAGAUGAAAUCCAAACCAAAAAAGCCUUUCCUUUUGGGUCCUCAGCGACUCUCUUCGGCACAUUCGAUGUCUGAUCUGACUGGGACCCACGUAUGUUCUGAGAAGCUGAAGUCUGGCACCGCUGGUCAGACACAUCUUCUUGGACGCCAGAUAGAUUCCUUCGGAGCGGUUCCGGAAAGUGGAAGUCUCAAAUCUCCACACAGAAGAACAUUAAGCUUUGAUACUUCUAAAAUGAACCAACCUGACAGCAGUGUGGAUGAAGGUGACUCGUCUUUCGGAAGACAAAAUGACCCAUUUACAAAUGUGACUGCUUCAUUACCCCAAAAAUUUGCAACACUGCCAAGGAAGAAAAAUCCAUUUGAAGAAAGCAGUGAAUCCUGGGACAGCAGCAUGAAUUUGUUUUCAAAACCAGUUGAAGUAAGGAAAGAAAAUAAAAGGGAGAAAAGGGAGAAAGUUAGCCUGUUUGAAAGAGUGACUGGAAAAAAAGAUAGCAGAAGAUCUGAUAAACUUAACAAUGGGGGAUCUGAUAGCCCUUGUGACUUGAAAUCACCCAAUGCAUUUAGUGAAAAUCGUCAGGACUAUUUCGAUUAUGAGUCAACUAAUCCGUUUACAGCAAAAUUCAGGGCUUCAAAUAUAAUGCCAUCUUCAAGUACAAGUUGGAACUGCGAAUAUACCUUUAAAUGAGAUUAUGGAUUUUGCAGAAGUACACCGUGGAACAGCUGAUUAAAGAAACCUUAAGCAAAGACUAAGAUGAAUGUAUUGGAAUCCUAAGCAAUUAUAGAAUAGUAUCGUAGAGUGUCUGCCAUGGGAAAUAGAAGUUUUUCCUCAAGGCAGUAAUGUCUAGAAUGCAGACCGGAGCGGGAACCCUGGCUCGCUACCUCUGUGACCUCUAUAAACCUCAUCAUCUCCAUCUUUGAAACAAGGAAAAGAAUACCUACCUGGUAGGACUGGGUGAUGAUAAGUUACAAAUCAAGUACAUGGUAUAAAGCCAGGGCCCAGAUAGGGAACCCGUGAACGGUAGCUGUUAUUAUGUUUUAUAUACUGUCAUAUCAUACUUUAUUCAAAAGCAGUGCUUUGUUUUGUUCCACUAGAAGCGAAAAAUACAGUGCUAACAAGCGCCCGUUUAGACUGUACUCUCCCACCUGUCUUCCGAUCUCCUAAUGACACGUUAAAGUAGGCAUUUAACAUUUUCACAGGAAACGUGUUUCUUUCGUUUUCUUUUAGCAAUAAAUAUUUGCCAUGGCUUUAAAAAGUAUUGUUCGGUUUUCUUUAUAAACUACACUCCAAAGAAAUAUAUUUUUAUCAUGUGGUAUUAAUGUUUUAUUGAGUCCGUAGUUUUGUUAUGCCGCUCUCAAAUAUUUCAUUUUGGGAUUUUACAUAGUAUAUUGCAUAUAUUAAGUCCUAAAUUACAGGGGUAAAUAGGAAUAUAUUUGCUUCUCCCCACUUUCACUGAACUUCUUUUUAUGAAGAAGAUAAUUAAAAACAACUGUCUGAGAUAACUUAGAGAUUGGAUAAUUUAUAUAAUUUUAGAGUCAAAGAAAAGCAAGAAAAAUGGGAAAUGAUAGGAAAAUAAGGUUUUUAAAUUAUGGCAGCGUAUGGAAAAAUAAGUGUCCUCAGCUCUUUAAUUGCCCUUUACUUGGGCUGUUCACAUGGACUGCCACAGAUCUGAAAAGUGAGUGUGGCAUUUUGCCCGAUUCAGGCUUUGUUUGGGCGAUUUCACUACGAGUGCUAUUUCUACCAGAAUUAGAGUUGUUUCUUGAUAUAUGCAUAAAACGCUCGCAAACAUUUAAAAAAAAAAAACAAAAAAACAAGAUUUAAAAAUUUUAUUUCUCUUCUCCCUAUUCUUUGGGAUGUCAGGUAUGAGGAUAACAACCAUCCAGGUUCCUGGGAAGUUAACCUUUCAUCUGUGUACAAACCAUGUUUGUGGUAAAUGUAACACAUUUGGAAUAAAAGGGUUGCGGGUGCUCUAAUUUAUAGUGUAAAGAAGGAGGAUCGACUAUAAAUAGAUCUUGGAAAAGAAAGCAGUUCAAACUUCCAUAAAGCAGCUUUAUCUUGAGUGGAAUUUGGAGAAUACGGUCAAGGUAGUUAUGUCGUUACGUAACAGUAUGUUCCUGUUUCUCAUCCCGACAUCAGCCGUCAGUGAUAGGAGACAUUUUAGAUUGUUCACAUUAAUAUCUCCACCGAAGGCCCUUUUGAAGCUAUGGACUCCUGUCACUAGGACGUGUGCUGCAGGUUAUUUUUUUCCAGUUGUGCUAAAUCGAUGUGUGUAGAGUCUCCUGGACUCUUGGGGCUAGUGUCUGCGAGAAUGCUGAGCAAAGUUGAGGGUAAACUGGGUAGCUGUGGAACUGGAUCGUGUUCUUUGUGGUGUCUCUGGCUCACCUGUGAUGGCAGGUGCAGGGAGGCCGUGGUAUUGCCCUGCGUGUGCAUAGCGUAGGAUUAAAACUGGAAAGGACCAAGGAACACUUUCUUAGACAUCAGUUCUUCGUAGUAAAAAGUGAAAUCCACCUGAAGAAAGCACCUUGUAAACCACAAACAAAUACGGUGUUUUGCUUCUGUUCUUGGAGUAGGUCCUACAGUCUUGCAUCAAACUGAUAGGAGAAAUGAAUGAGGCUUUUUGUGGGAUUACUCCGACAGAGAACGGGGGUUCUGCGCUUGUCCUCGCAGUCACUAACUUGCAGUCUCUUUCAUCUCCCUGCCCCUCUUCUCGGAAGCCCGGCCCGCUCUUUCUAGGGAGGCGGAGAGGGUAAUUGAUCCGUGUGCUGCAGCAUUUUCUUACGUAAGUCUUCCUUUCUACGGGCCUCCCAUCGUUCACUGAUACAGGCUGGUCACUGUUUUCCCUCCCGCCGCCGUGGACAACUUGAGGGCAGUGCCCACAUGGCAUUCGUGUUUCUGCCCCGAGUCCCCAGCCUGAUGCUUGGCAGGUAGCAGGUAUUAGAAAAAAACAUUUUUGAAUGAAUGAAUACAAAGCUUGGCAGACCAGUUUCCUAAAAUGUGCUUUUAUUC